GAAACCUCGUGGCUCUGGGACCAUGAUGCUCUGGGUGUGUGGAAAAAGCGGAAGCAUCAAGACACAACAGUUCAUUCAAGGAAUUCUGAACGUGGCUGAGAGCUGGAUUUAAAGGAUUAAACCACGCAGAGGCAGUUUAAGGUGAUGGUGUGUGAGCUCUCUCCUCCACCAUGACUGAUCUGUUUGCCUGUGAGGAGCCAGCUGCAUGGAGGAGUGUGCACGACAAGUACUGGGAUGUAGUGGAGGCCAAGGCCAAGAGCAAGAAACCUGGAAAACUGCUGAUCCUCGAGAAGUGGUACCAAGAGGAGCUGCCCAUGCUCAUUUCAGGUCGAUCUGACAAACAUGUCACUCUGUCAGAGCUGGUGAAGCUGAUGGAGUGGAAGCUCACAAGAGGGAAGUUCAGGCCGAGGCUGCAGCAGCUGGUGGCGUCCAACGGUGAGGAUACCGUGGAGAAAUGUUCCAGAAAGGCCUUCAGCCUCCUGCCUGAUGUGCAGGCGGCGAUCGCAGAGCUCAGCUCCCUCAAAGGAGUCGGGCCAGCCACUGCUUCAGCUGUGUUGGCGGCAGGAGCUCCAGAACAGACUGCAUUCAUGUCUGAUGAAGCCAUGGAGAGUGUGCCGGGACUAAAGCCCAUCCAGUACACAGCCAAGCAUUACGCGCUGUACCUGGGCAAGAUGGUCGAGAGAACGAAAAGACUAAACAAAGUGGAUCCCCAGCAGGACUGGACGCCCCACAGGCUGGAGCUGUGUUUGUGGGCGAUGAGCGUAGCCACGAAGCAGCAGCUCCCGCUUCUCAAGGAUGUGGAUGUGAAGGGAGGAGGCGCGGCGGCAAAGUGCUCGGACUCCGACACUGACCACAGACCAAAGAAGAAGCUCAAAACAAAAUGAAAUUCCCAACUGUUAAAAUUUUAGUAUUAAACUUAGAUGUUUGUCAGUUUUUGUAUUUUUCCAAAGUAAUAAAGACUUAAAUUGA